CUUUAACAGCCUGUGGACUGAUUUCUAUGCGAACGACCCAGGCUGGAUUUUCCACAAAAAUUCAAAGGAUGUGACGUUCUUGCACCUUCCCAAGUGCCCUGCCUCUCUCCCGCUAACGUCAACAAACGAUUGGCAUAUAGACUCAACAACACAACACAACAAAAACUGGCUGACUGGGAGUAAGUGAUACUUUGCAGAAACACGGUGUAAAAUGCAACAUUAUUGAUCUUUUUGUUAUUAUGAGAAGUGUAAGCGAGGAAAAAGACAUCACCUGCAAUAGUCUCAAGAAAGCGACAAGAUGUUGACUGCAGCUCACUUAAUGACCACUGGUGUCACUAGUGAGAAGAAAUUUCUGAUUCUUACAAAUAGAACCUUUAAAUGAACAAGAUAGAUGUUUGUUGUGUUUUUUUGAGGAGAGCCAGGCUAACUGUUUUCCCCUGAGUAUGGUCUUGAUGCUAAAUUAGGCUAACCAUGUCCUAACUCCAGCCGCUAGCAGAAACAUUGGAUUGAUAUCCAUAUCCUCACAUCAUUCUCAGAAAAAGUAUACAUAGAAGAGAAGUCUCUGUAAUUAAACUGUGGAAGGAGAUUGAUUGUUGAUUGUCACAAUUUGGGGAUGCUUAAAACUGAAAGAUACACAUGGUGUAACAUGAGACAAUAAGACAACUGACAUGAGGGUGAAUGUGACUUUAAAGUCCGUCUGAUGGUUAUACACUGCAACAAUGAUGUUGCAGACAUCUGAUUCUGAGCUCUGUGGCCACGCCCACAGGAGCGCAGCUGCUCCUUACAUCUUUCUCUCCCCGGCCGGCUUCACAGCUAGAAGCGCUCUCCCUGCCAGCAGAGUGGACGUCCCCUCAGCCCGGGCGAAGGACAAACAGAAACACUUAGACAUCCAGUCUCACUCCAGUGGAUAGUCUCAAUUUGCAGCUGGAUAGUGGUCGCGUCUGGACGCACAAUUACGCGAGGAUACAAGAUAGUGGCAAGCUUCAUUUUCCAAGUUCCAAGCUUAGGAUUGCGUUAUUUUUAUGUAUUUUGCAAUAUUAGCUAGACAACUGUCUGUCUGUCCUUCGUGUAUGGAGAUUUCCAUCCGUAAAGUCUCGAGACAGUGAUGAACAGUACGGGAAUAAGAUCUCCGCGUAAACUUCUCCUUACCUCUUUUUAGUUUUUCUGUUCAAAUCCUCCUUUUAACAAAAUGCAGCUCCUCCUCUACACAGCAGUGUUCCUUUACCUCAAGCAAUCUGUCAGUGCUGAACCCAAAGCUAAGUGCCCAGCACGGUGCGAUGUUAGUACCUGUCCGAGCCCCAGCUGCCCCAGCGGCUAUGUGCCGGACCGCUGCAACUGCUGCCUGGUGUGCGCCCAGGGGGAAGGGGAGCCGUGCGGCCGCAAAGACGACCUGCCGUGCGGGGAUGGACUGGAGUGCAAACACCCGGCGGGCAAGCGGCUUUCUAAGGGCUUCUGUCAGUGCAAGUUCAACCACGAAGUGUGCGGCAGCGACGGGAAGACGUACGGUAACGUGUGCCAGCUUAAGGCGACCAGCAGGAAGGCUCUGCAACAGGGACUGCCAGGCAUCACCCAGAUCCAGAAGGGACCAUGUGAGACCAGCAUAGGUCCUUCAAAUGCUGUCAGUCCUCGUUACAAGUUCAACUUCAUAGCUGACGUGGUGGAGAAAAUCGCUCCUGCUGUGGUCCACAUCGAGCUCUUCCUCAGGCAUCCUCUCUUUGGUCGGAACAUCCCUCUGUCUAGUGGAUCUGGGUUUGUGAUGUCAGACAACGGACUGAUUGUUACCAAUGCCCAUGUAGUCUCUAGCACUUCACCAGUGUCCGGUCAGCAGUACCUUAAGGUCCAGAUGCAUAAUGGUGAUGUAUAUGAAGCCAAUAUCAAAGACAUUGAUAAAAAGUCAGACAUUGCUACUAUCAAAAUCAACCCUCAGACAAAGCUGCCUAUAUUGUUUCUGGGUCACAGUGCAGACCUGAGGCCUGGGGAGUUUGUGGUUGCCAUUGGCAGUCCCUUUGCCCUCCAGAACACCGUCACCACUGGCAUUGUCAGUACCGCACAAAGAGACGGCAAGGAGCUGGGCCUCAGGGACUCUGACAUGGACUACAUUCAGACGGACGCUAUUAUCAAUUAUGGGAAUUCAGGAGGGCCUCUUGUCAAUUUGGAUGGUGAGGUGAUCGGCAUCAACACCCUGAAGGUUGCAGCAGGAAUCUCAUUUGCGAUUCCCUCAGACAGAAUCACUCGUUUCCUCAAUGAGUCGCUUGACAAGCACAACAAAGAUGUGAGGUCAAUAAAGAAACGUUUCAUUGGAAUAAGGAUGCUGACCAUUACACCGUCGUUAAUUGAAGAACUAAAACAGCAGAACCCAGACUUCCCUGAUGUCACUAGUGGAAUCUACGUCCAUGAGGUUGUUCCUCACUCACCUGCACAGAAAGGUGGUAUCAGAGAUGGUGACAUUAUAGUGAAACUGAACGGCAAACCUCUGAUGACAACGGCUGACCUGCAGGGGGCACUGCAGGAGGAAACGGCCCUGCUGCUGGAGGUCAGGAGGGACAACGAUGACCUGCUCUUUAACAUCGAACCUGACGUGAUCAUGCAGUAGACAUUGGAAGCACAGAUCUCAUGAAGAGUUAGAUCAACAGCUAAGGCUCUAUUUUUGUGAAAGAACAUGUUGGGUGGUGAAAGCUCUGCACCAGUGAAGUGGUAUUUUUGUCAAGCACUGACAACUUCUUUGGAACCUGGCCGCUAACUCAACUGUACCAAAAUGGAAGGAGACCUGUAUGAGUAACGACAAUAAGGUGCAAUGCUGUCUUGGCAAGGACUUAUAGUUGUGCCUCCUGCCUGCUCAGGAACAUUGGAACAGGUGCUCCCAUGUACACCCCACAGAAUCCCUGACCUUUUAUGUAUGUUAACUACUACUAUGUUAAUUACUUGAUUGUUUCACUUUGAUGUUACAUUUUCAGCAAGUAGACACACUCACAUGCACAUCAAAAAUAUGAUGAUAACUGAAAGCAGUAAUGGCUUUAACACAGCGUCGUAUGGUGCACAUCAUAUAAAAUAUAAUAUAAAAGCAGAGUUGAAGAAUGUACAAAUAAAUACAUUUGUUGUUAAAUGUAAGACAAAUGUGGUGAUAGAAUACAGACAACUGAACUGAUUAAUUUGUUCAUAAGCAAAGAGUUAUUCUCAAUAAAUUCUCUCAUUACUUGCUGCUGCCUUGUGGCUGUUGAAACUAAAUGGUGAGCCAGCAGGCGGACCUGUGACAACAUCAGCCACAUCAUAAAUGUGCAGAGGGAAAUCUAAAAACUGUGAUGACAGUCAGCGGGUGGGGAUUAUGAAUGACACAAUAGCCCUGUUUCUACUGCAGGAACUUAAUAAGCAACCAACUACUGUAUGUAGCUACUAGCCAAGUUUCCAUCCAAAUAUAGCCCAAAUUUUAACCACAUUUCCAAAAAAUCAGCAAAAGAAAACGCAAAUGAAUGCAUGUUUCCAUCCACCACUGUUGUGUGAAUAUUAGGAGGAAACAGAUGGCUGCAGUAAUUUUCCAGUCAGUGUCAUUAAACUACUGCAGAAGAAGAGGACACAACGAGAUGAUGUCAUUAAAAGAGUGGCAGUCAAAGCUCAAAC